GCAGUUCAGCAAGAAACCCGGAGUUCCAUUACUGCAAGAUGCUAAAUACUGAGGAUCAAAGGUUUAAUGUUGCCACCUCUAUUCUAUUUCAAGUCUCUACUGUGGAUCCUGACUCAGGGAAUUUGGUGAUAAUGGGAAACUGUCUGCUUCGUGUGUUCAGUAAUGACGGAAAGCUUAAUGUUGGGGGAUUUCAGCUGAAGCUAAGAGCAGGCAUGCCGGUUAAGAAGCGGGACUUACUUGUACCGCCAGAUUUCCAUCAGUAUCCAGUGCUUCCUUGCUGCUCUCUAUUAAUCCGAAUACUUCCACAUACUGAGAAUCCUGUGCCCAUGCCCAGGUACUCAGUAGGCUUCUACUUUACACAUGAAGCCAAGCCGACAAGGUCAGAGCUGCAGAUAAUGUCCACAUUCCAAAAGGAUGUCAACUUUCCAAUCCUUGUAAAAGACAUGGCAGAGUGUUUAAGGGAGAAAGGAGAGAGCCAAGCACCUCAAGAAAAUGAACUGAAAGGUUGGUGUGUAGAAAAAAUAGAUGGAACAAGGUCUUCUUUGGUUCAGCCAUCAUCAGUCUACAUAAACAUUCACCAUGUGACAAAAUACCGACAAGAAAUUGGUGUACACUUGAAAAUAAUGCAAGCAUUUGGACUUGAAGUGGAAGGCCUUUAUAUCAAUGCCUUUGCUAGGAUCCUGAAGGGAAGUCAGAGCAAACAUUUGCCAGAGUUACCGCAGCACUGGGGAGGGGAAGAAAAAUUUCUCACGAGGCAACAUGACUUCUCAAGCUUACAGAAAUCACCAAGAUGGACUGAUCCCUCUGUGGUUCUGCAUCCUUACUUGGACAACCAUAGUGUUCUUCUUGUUCAAAUAUUUGGUAUGACUGCUGUUUAUAAGCCUCAUCCAAGCAAUGACCAGCGCGGACGUGUCAUUUCACAAAAUGGACAAGAUCUUACGUUGCACUCACUGUUAGGUUGGACAGUUUUUCCUCUGUUUGACAGGCAUUAUGUAUACAGUGGUAUCCACAGUGCUCCCCUAUUCCAAGGUGCUCCAAAUGCUGAAUUUCUACAAACUAUAUCUGCAAAGUCACUGAAAACAGCAAUAGAAGAAGGUUUAAAGAAAAAGAGUUUAACACUUCUUAAGACUUAUGGAAGUGUCACAAUAAAAGUCUGGGAUGGUCAUUAUUUCGAUGAUGAACACUAUGCUUUACCAGUCAUCAACGAUCUUCUGACAGUUGACAAAAUUAAGAAAUUUCUCAGCACCCAGACUAGUAAAAAAGGCAAGGAAAUGUCAAUGUUAGUUUUGCAAAGCCUUGAUAAAAAGAAACAGAAACUGCAAAGAAAUAAUCCAGAAUAUCAACAACAUCAACAUUUUUAUGAAGAGGCAAUGGCAGAUGCAUUUUACAAUCUUAUCGAGACUGCUUUAUUGAAUGCUGGAUAUGGUCCGUUAUAAACCAUAUGUCUAUAUACUGCAGUGUAUCCUGGAAAAGUCAUAGGACUCACAGCAGAAAAAUAUGAAGAAUUAAUCACAAAAUAUCUUGGAAACCCAAAUAAAAGCAGGAAUAAAUGAAGAUUGUUUGAUAAAAAAAAUAUAUAUGGACAUUUAAAAAAUAUAUAUAUAUAUAAAUUGCAUAACAUUUCUGCUUAUUAUUAUAAUAGGCUAAAAUGUGUAACAUGUAAUGAAAUAAAAAGUGAUCAAAUAAUA